AAAUUGAUACGCUACGAUAGCCUGCAAUUAAGGGGGGAUUUGAAUGAACGAAUGAAGCGGAAAAGGAAAUUGGUGGAAAGACAGGAUAAUUCAGUCAGUUGAUUACGAACUCGGCGAAGGUAAACAACAACAUUUUCCACUCUAAACGGUUGUGGGCAAAACGUUUAACGGUUACACCUACUCCGAGUGAUAGGGCUCUGGUGAAAUGAAUGACAAGUGGUGACAGUUGAAAUAGAAUUUUGAAAUUAAAAAAAAAAUUUAAAACAAAAUCAAAAUUUGAAAAAAAAAUAAUGAUUUUAAAUAUGUCCGCCACAAAUGGAGCAGCAGCUUCAAACUCCCCGAGUCAAAGUGAAUUUUGUGAUUUUCUGAAACGAAAAUAUCCGGACGAUGAGAAUGACAUCAGUCAAAAUAAUAAUCAGAGUGAAGAGAAUCAGAACAGUGAUAGCAAUAAUUCGUGGAAAAAACAAAAGCAGGUCGGGGAGGAAAAUGGAGGGAACUGUACAAUGACACCCGAUACAACAUCAUCGCCCAUGGCGCCCUAUACAUCUACAGAAAUUCCCAUAUCUUGCGCGGAAAAAUUCUCCACAAAUAAUGGAAGUACUACCACUACCAUUACUUCCCCCGUGUCCUCCUCCUAUACCACUUCAUCGCCCACAGUGGAGAGUACUCAGGUCACUAGUAGCAGCUCGGCGGCAUCCUUCAAUAUUAUGACCAAUAAUCCGGCAUUCAUCAACGAUCUCUUUGCCUAUGAUGCCAAUUUGUUGGUGCCCACAACCUCAACGGAUAACCUGCUCAGUCAGGGCGAGCCAAGUUUCACCGCUCCCUCUGCCAUUUGUGUCAACACCACUCAACAAUUCCAUGAAGAGGGAGAAAAUGCCGAUAAUUGGCAGGCCACAGAUCUGCUCGAAUUGGAUCACCGUUAUAACUCCACCCUACAAACGGAAAUAACCCAAUUAAAUCCAACGGUCCCGCUAAAGCCGCAUGAAGAAAAUUUGGUAACAUUGGUGGAACAACAACACCAUUCAAAUCAAAAUCAUGGCGAACAAUCGAAUCAAAGGCAAUAUAUUCAGAGUGCAGAAGAAAUUUCCAAAAGUGGAAAACAAUUACCAGCCAUGAUCCAGCACACCACUGCGGACACUGAACCCGAUUUUGAGGAUCGCAACUUGUCAUGGCUUUUGAAUUUUAAAUUUGAUGAAUUUCCCCACCUAAACCCCGAUGUUGCAGGUGGACCAAAUCGCUCUCAAAAAUCCUCGAUGCACUGUAAUGGAGGCGCUGGCGGCUACAAGGUGAUAAAUGGUACAGCAAAUGGACGAGAACGUUCCAAAUCUCCGAAGAGUACCAAUAAAGCUGGGAAAAAGUUUGAAGAAUUGGUUAUGGAAGUAACCUCAGAAGUGGAGGGCGGCGACAUGGCUGUUGGCGAAAAUGUUGUCAUUGAGGAUACCACCACAAUUCCACAAAGAGCGCCAAAGAAACCACCAUUCACAUACACCGAACUCAUCGAAUACGCCCUUGAGGAUAAGGGUGAGCUGACGGUCUCCGGCAUAUACACAUGGAUAUCUGACCGUUUCCCCUAUUAUAAGUCCAAUGAUGAUCGUUGGAAGAACUCUGUGAGGCACAAUCUUUCGAUAAACCCGCAUUUUCGCAAAGGACACAAAGCUCCUCAAGGUGCCGGUCACCUCUGGACAAUAUCAAGUGGAGAUUCUGCUGAGAACGUAUUGGCCUGGGAACAUAAAAAACAGCGUUUGGAUUUAUUUUUCAAAAUGGAAUCGAUGAAUCGUGAACGACUUGUCCAGCAGCAUCAACAACAACAACAACAGAAAAAACAACAAUCCUCCUCCAACAGUACAAGACACCAAAGCCAUACCAAUAGUCACUCACAUGAUGGUUCUUCCCAGGAUGCCUGUUUGUAUGAUGAAGCUGCUGUGGCAGCAGCUGCAAUACAACAGGAAAUGUUGCAGCAGGGAAACACAACACCCACAGCCAAAGAUGUUUCAUUGCCACACCACCAACAUUAUCAUGCCCAGUAUCAGCAAAAUAGUCAUCAUCGGACGACAUUGCAUCAAGCCAAUGUUCAUCAACAACAACACCAUCAUCAUCAUCCUCCUCACCAUUCCCAAAGUUUACACGAUCUGCCCUAUAACGAAUUGCUGUCCGAAGAAGAAUUACGAAAAACUGCUGGCCAAAUUUUAAAUGGAAUUCAUCGAGAGGUGGAAGUACAAUCGGUAAAUCAUCAUCAGCCGAUAAUUAGCACAUAUCAGGAUGUUCUGCUGGACAAUGAUUACCUCAAUCCAAUACAUAAAGAUGUUGCGGUCAAUGAAAGCGGUUUGCACCAGGUUAGUAAUACAACCGUAUCAGCAACAGCGGGGAACAGUCACACUGGACACGGCACAACAACGGCAACAACUCCCUACUAUGUUACCGAAAUCGAUCCCAUCGAAUUGGGUAUACAGAUGUCAUCACAUCCGAAUCCCUUGGUACACUGUCAGACUCACAGCAACAACAAUCAUCAGCAUGAUCAUGCUCAUCAAAAUCAUCACAGCAAUAACCACCAACUACAUUCCCACCAUCAUCAUCACUCACAUCACAUCCAUGGUUCAGGGGAUCCAAGUUCUUCGUUAAAUACCGAAGACACUGAUGUCAUUUUAUUCAAUGAUGAAUUCAAUUUAAAUUAUUUCACCUAUAAUCCGGCCACGGAUAUUGUUGCUUGACCCAAACAACAACAGCAGCAGCAACCACAACAACAAAUGCAGCCAUUAUUAUACCAACAACCCCUGAUUACUGUAGUUAUACCAACAACAACCCGGCGUUUACUAGCCACCUCUAACACAAUUAGUAAUUAGAUGUGUCACCCUCAUCGCCGCCAUCGUAAACCUCCUAGUCAAAAUAACCAAAAAUAAUUAUACCUAUACAUAGAAAUGUUCUCUAUUCCAAAAUAAAAAAAAAACGUAAAAUUAGAAAUUUUAUUAGCAAUUAAUUUAAGUCAAUUUUGAUCCAAGUGCCUAGAAUCUAAGUAUGUGUAACACUUUAAAAGCUGUAUAUUGAAAAAGCUUGAGAAAACUUGUUUAGUUCUAUCCUACACCCAUUACAUAGUUUGUAAUCCAUCGAUAUUAUAAUUGUAGCAAUAAACCUAAAUACAGAUAUCUA